AUGCCCAUCACACUUGACUCUGGCACUCGUCACUUCAUGUCAACGCUUUCCAAUCUCACAUUGAAUCAUAUACAUUUAUCUACAGCAUCAGAUAUGACUUCUAUUGAAAUUACCCAGCGGCUAUUUGGCAAUUCGUUGAAGACUUCAGUCAUUGACAAACACUCUGUGCAACCCAACCCUCUCAAAUUUGAUCUCAUAGAAUAUGUCGCUCAACUACGGGAAGGAAUUCUAGAGACAUACACUGUAGUCGUCACUGCAUUCAAGAAUACCGAGAAAGCACCUGCACUACUCCCUUACGUGCCAUCCUUGAGCUCAUCCAUCAAUGUCUAGCAGACGAGGGAGAUCCAACUCUAUUGUGAAACUCUCCUUUGGCCUCAUCGGUGACCUCGCAGACUGAUUCCCCGACGACCAGAUCAAAGAACACCUGCUAGAGGAAUGGAUUGCACAUGAAUUCCGUAGUAAGCGUGGUAUGCAACAAGAGAUGAAAG